UUAUGAAAGUGCUUUUGAACUUUGAAUAUACUUUUUACGAAUAGAAAUAGGACUGCCAUAAUAAUGUUUUUGGGCUGGCAAAAAAUACAUCUCCAAAAAAGUUCGAACGCAAAUCCAAUAGGUGGCAGCAGAACUCCUAUUUUUGACGGCAUGUCAUUCAUCACAGUGUUGCUGCACCUCCACAAAAGUAGCCACUAAAUAAUUGAACUGUUGUGCUCGUGGAAAAAGAGCGAUUGUAAGUGGGUAUCCCUCUGAAGUUUUGCAAUACACAUUGCCAGCUUAAUAGGGAGGUUAUGACACAUUGUCCAUCUGUGUCCCAAAGUGACAGGAGCCAUGAAGCUUCGGCUGCACUUUGUGAUGGACCCCAUGGGCUGGUUCUGCAUCAGUAUGGUUUUCGCCAUCUGGCUCUACAACUCCUUCUUCGUCCCCAAAUUGGUGCUACUGCCCCAUUUCUAUGAGGGGAAUAUCCCUUGGGCCUUGGUUGUCAGUUACUACUUUGCAUCAGCCCUCUGUUUGGCUGCGCUUUUUAGAGCUUCUACAGCCGAUCCUGGCCGACUCCCACCCGAUCCCCAAAUCCCUCACUCAGAGCGAGAGCAGUGGGAAAUGUGUACCAAGUGCAACACGAGGAGACCAAAAAGGUCCCACCACUGCAGUCGUUGUGGCCAUUGUGUACGUAGAAUGGACCACCACUGUCCAUGGAUCAAUAAUUGUGUAGGGGAGGACAACCACUGGCUCUUCUUGCAACUCUGUUUUUACACACAGGUCCUCAGUUUGUUCACCCUGGCUCUAGACUUCUGCCAGUUCUAUUACUUCCAGCCCUUGACCACAUUGGACCAGGAGGCAUUCAUGGCACGUCAUGAGCUCGCCCUGAUACGAGUGUCUGCGAUCAUGGGUCUGGUGAUGAUCGGAGGCAUGAGCAGCCUCUUCUAUACUCAGAUGGCUGGCAUCCUGACAGACACCACCACCAUUGAGAAAAUGUCUCACUUCUCAAAUGAAAUAGUCGGGUCUGGUGGUGGGUCAAAGAAAUCCUGGCAGUGGACUCUGGCCGAGGUGUUUGGCACUACCUGGAAAAUCCUGUGGUUCAUCCCGUUGAGGAGCAGGCAACCACUGACCUUUCCCCACCACUUCCGCAGUCACGUGUAGAUAAGUGGAGCUCUGUCCCACUUCAGUCCAGACGGCAGGCUGCCAUCUCCGACAGAGAAUACACUAUGCACACUCAGCACCCCCCACCUGCCUUCACCUCCAUGUUUUGUGCCAUCUAAGCUGAUUAGUAGUAUUGGUUGGCCAGUGGAUACCUUUUCGUCUUUUCCUAUAGGAAUCACAUUGAAAGUGCUUGAAAUGAGUCAUAAACUCCUCGACAGUUGAAAGACAUUUGACCAAGUGCAACCUAAUGCCCUCCCUUAUACUUACUAGGGGCUCCAUUGUGCUCUGUUGUCACAUUGAGGGAACCACUUUAAGGGGACAUUUAUUUUUAAAGGGAACUUUGACAGAAGGGAAAUCAAUAAGAACUACAAGUUGAUUGUAGUGCCAUGUAGACCUUCAAACGCCACUAAAUGCUAACUCUAACUCAAUAGCCAAUAGACAGCCAAUUAAAAAAUAUGUAUAAUUUGUGUCGCCUUCUUGGGACUCAUGGUCCAUUCAUGUGUCAUAAAUCAACAGUGUUUCUGCUGUUGUCUGGUGGGCUGUGGCCUGUUGUUUUCAAGAUAACAAAAUUACAUUUUUAGUCUGUCUCCCAAGUGGUUUGUAUACUUGCCUUUUUACAGAAGGCUAUACAAGUAAUUAUUUUGGUUAGAAGUUGAUAUCAAGUGGUGGACAUAUUGGUUUGUGGAUUGCUAUAAGAAAGAGUAGUUCCAUGAUUGAGCUGCAUUCCAUAAUGAUAUUGUAAAAGUGUUCCUUUGCUUGACUUUUUUACCCAUAUUUUUUAAAGAAUGUGUUAUGAUGCUCCUACCAAAAAGAAGUGCCACUAGUAACACCUGAUUUGAACAAUGUUAUAAUGCCUAGUACAGAAGGCAAACUUAAAGUUGCCAUGAAACUUUAUUAUGUGUCGCAUCUUUGAUAGUUGCUCCAUAAACCUUUUUAUGAAGGGUUUGAAGGAGAAUUUACUCACCUGGCUAAAUAAAGUUAUAAUAUGGUUCUACUAUGGUUCUACUAUUAAUAUAUUAUGCACUGAAGUUGCAUUUUUGCCCCCCCCCCCCCCAUUUUAUAAUUGGAAUGUGAUACAAAACGAGAGAACGGUGGGUUUUAGGACCGUGCGAUGCCUCCAAGCAGUCGGGUUGGUUGUUUGGAGUGUUUAUCAGACUUGAUUAAAAAAAAUAUUAUAAUAAUGCCCUCCCCCCACGUCUAAAACCCAACGUUGUGCCCACGCCACAGAUAUAUGGUAGAGACCGGCAAUGAAGGAGACCUUUGCUUGCAACAUGACUGUCUGUCAUGCAUAAUUUUGCCAUAAACUAGCAUGACGCCUAAUAAUAUCUAUAAUGUCAGCCUUAUGACCAUGUUACGCAGGCCUUAUGACUGUUACGCAGGCCUUAUGAUAGUAUUAUGCAGGCCUUAUGACAGGGUUCAAGUAAAGCGUUACCCAACUAUCUUACUGUCAAAGUUGGUAGUUGAAUUUCUUAGCCGUCGCAACUCAGUUGCACUGUUUGUUUCUGUAGUUCAGUUGGUAGAGCAUGGCACUUGCAAUGCCAGGAUAGUGGGUACAAUUCCCGGGACACCCGUACGUAAAAUGUAUGCACACAUAGUCGCAUUACCAUCAAUUAGACAAACAUCACAGAGUCUUUGUUCAUCCAUUUUAAAAACACUUUUGCUUGUUGCUUUUUCAAACCUCCACACUGCCUAAAGCCAAAUGAUUUAACCUUACCAAUGACCACAGACUAAGACUAAAAAUGUCACAAUGUCACAGUGAACUGUAUCAAGAUUCAUUUCAGGGUAUAGCAAAUAGUUGUAUUUAUGUUUAUUUGCUGUUGUACACUUGGUUGUAACAUUGUUCAUAAAUCCUCCUCCUACUUCUAAAUAUGCACUGAUAUACUGUACCUCUGUGUAUUUCUUUGUACACAUUCCACCUUAUUUUUCUACUCAAGUUUUAUUUUGUUUUUAUGUACAUGUUUUAAUGACUGUUGAGUCGAUUACUUUUGAUAAUUUGAAUGUAUGAUACUAACUUUGACUUUUCUGUACCUAGUGUGACUUAAUUAACCCUAUCAGUCCCGAGAACCCAACAAAAAUUUGAUUUAAAUGUAUCUGCAUGUACAGCCCUUAUGUUAUCAGGGCUACAAGUAGAACACAAAACAAUUUGACAUAAAUAGUUGCAUUCAUGAGUUUUAUUGACAAUUGCCAAAAACCAACAAAAAAAGUCAGCCAAAGCAAAAAGCUGAUAAAAAUGAAUUCAUAUGAACGCUGUUAAGUGCAGAAAUUGUUUGCUCACUGGGAAAUUAAUAUCCAACUCGUCAGUGACAACUCUUUGGAGUUUGAUAGCAACUAUGAGCUUGUUACAGUAGUAUAGACACUAUGUCCUGGUAUUUCCUAUGAUCUUCUAUGUAGAAGAACCCCUUAGCUUUUAACGACUUGUGUAGCAUGUGGGCAACACAGAGCAGAAUAUUUUACACGUGCGUGUUCGUAAAAGUUUCGGCUUUUCACAUGCAGCUUUCAAUAGUUUUUAUAGCUCACACCAUUUGGACUCAUUUUUGCAAAAAGAACCGGUGCGAGCCCCCUCAGGAUCCGCCCUUGUCUCAUAACACAGCUCUAGUCAGCCCCUGUUAAUCACACAGACUAAUGGGGUCUACGGAUGCAGAAGAAAUAGAUUAAUCCAAUGGUGAAACCCAGAAGUCUGUAGCUCAAACACACUAUGUUUAAAAGGGUCUAGAAGUCCAAAACGCUCCAGCAUUACGGUGAGACUCAUUAGGUUAAUGGAGUCUCAGAACACUCUUUAUGUUAGUAUCUUAUUGUUUUCAUGUUAAUUGUGAGUACAGCUGCUGUCAAUUGUCUGUCAUAUUUGUCUUUUCCUUGAUUGUUCGUAAAUGGUAGUGGACACUGAAUACUUUAUUUUUUAUAACAAUAUUGUCUUUAAUUUUAAUUUCCUGGUUGGUAUUGUGUUGAUUUGUAUGUUGAUUUGUAUACUUCAUACUUUCUUCAUCAUAUAGGAUGCAUCAUAUAUAGUAUAAGGGGAAUGUUAAUGUUGCAUUAAUGCAAAGUACAUGUUUUUUGUUUACACUUGAAGUAUCUGUCAAUGCAUCGCCCAUCACCAGUAGGAGUUCUACCAACAACUGUCUUGAACCAUAUAUGUAUUUAAAAAAAAUCUUUGUUAACACUACAUCAACCGUUGCUUACAGAAUCACCAACCUACUUUGGCGUCUAACAAGGACCUUUUGUGAGGAUCUGUAUCCUCACUAUGUCCCUCAAGGCUCAGUGCUGAGUCCCCUGCUGUUCUCCAUGUACAGUGCCUUCAGAAAGUAUCACACCCCUUGACUUUUUCCACAUUUUGUCGUGUUACAAAGUGGGAUUCAAAUUUACUUAAUUGUCUUCUUUUUUUGUGUCAACGAUCUACACAAAAUACUCUGUCAAAGUGGGGGAGAAAUUAUACCAUUUGUUAAAAAUAAAAAGAUAUAUAAUAGAAAAUAAUAAUAAAAACGUAAUAUUUUGCUUAGAUAAGUAUUCAACCCCCUGAGUCAAUACAUGUUAGAAUCAGCUUUGGCAGUGAUUAGAGCUGUGAGUCUUUCUGGGUAAGUCUCUUAGAGCUUUCCACACCUUGAUUCUGCAACAUUUGCCCAUUUGAUUAUUUUCUGAAUUCUUUAAGCUCUGUCAAAUUAGUUAUUGAUCAUUGCUUGACAACCAUUUUCAGUUCUUGCCAUAUAUUUUCCUGCAGAUAUAAGUCAAAACUGUAACUCAGCCACUCAGGAACAUUCACUGUUUUCUUGGUAAGCAACUCCAGAGUAGAUUUGGGCUUGUGUUUUAGAUUAUUGUCCUGCAAAAAGGUGAAUUAAUCUCACAGUGUCUGGUGGAAAGCAGACUGAACCAGGUUUUCCUCUAGGAUUUUGCCUGUGCUUAGCUCCAUCCCAUUUAUUUUUUAUAUUUAAAAUCUCCCCACUCCUUAACCAUUACAAGCAUACCCAUAACAUGAUGCAGUCACCUUUAUGCUUGAACAUAUGGAUACUGGUUCUCAGUAGUGCGUUGUAUUGGAUUUGCCCCAAACAUAACACUUUGUAUUCAGGAUAAGAAGUGAAUUGCUUUGCCAAAUGUUUUGCACUGUUACUUCAGUGCCUUGUUAAAACAUGAUGCAUGUUUUGGAAUAUGUUUUAUUCUGAGCAGGCUUCCUUCUUUUCACUCUGUCAAUUAGGUUAGUAUUGUGGAGUGACUACAAUGUUGUUGAUCCAUCCUCAUUUUUCUCCCAUCAUAGCCAUUAAACUCUGUAACUGUUUUAAAGUCACCAUUGGCCUCUUGGUGAAAUCCCUGAGCGGUUUCUUUAAUCUCCGGCAACUGAGUUAGGAAGGACGCCUGUAUCUUUGUAGUGACUGGGUGUAUUGAUACACCAUCUAAAGUGUAAUUAAUAACUUCAUCAUGCUCAAUGUCUGUAUAAUUAUAUAUUUUUUUACCCAUCUACCAAGACGUGCCCUUUGUGAGGCAUUGGAAAACCUCCCUGGUCUUUGUGGUUUUAAUUCUGUGUUUGAAAUUUACUUGCUCGUCGAAGGGAAUUUACAGAUAGGACCUUACAUAUAAUUAUAUGUGUGGGCUACAGAGAUGAGGUAGUCAAUGAAAAAAAAUAAUAAUAAAAUAAUAAAAUAAAAUAAUAAUAAUAACCACUUAUUACACACAAUGAGUCCAUGCGUCCCUUGUUAAGCACAUUUUUACUCCUGAAUGUAUGUAGGCUUGCCAUAACAAAGGGGUUGAAUACUUAUUGACUGAAGACAUUUAAGCUUUUUUAUUUUUUAUUAAUUUGUAAACAUUUCAAGAAACAGAAUUCCACUUUGACAUUAUUGGGUGUAGUGUGUAGGCCAGUGACACAAAAUCUAAAUGUAAUCCAUUUUAAAACCAGUCUGUAACAGAACAAAAUGUGGGAAAAGUAGGGGUGUGAAUACUUUCUGAAGUCACUGUGGGGGCCAAUUCUGACCCGACCCUCCCCUAACUUAAUCACUUGUGAUGGUGUGUUGUCUUCUAGCACUAUGUCAUGUAAUGUACCAGGACUGCUGUAAUCAUUGGCCUUCCUACUACUGCACUCCAUUAUGUGCCUUGAUGUUGGGAUUUUGCACUUUUUAUUUUAGUAAGGAAAUUGGCAUUUACAUUUGCCAUUGACAUGGAUCUACUUACAAUGUUUUAUUUUUGUUUAACCUUAUUAGAAUCAACUUUUAAUAACUUGCUCUAGAUAAGAGUACCUCUUGCUUAAUGACUAAAAUGUAGGAAAAACUAGGAAGGAGAGUCCACGUUAAGUCUGUUGUAGUUUUAAAUCUCAUUUAAUUGGCCUAGAUGAGUCACGCAGGUUCAAAGAUAAACUUUCUUAUGUUCUUCUUGCUCUUAUAUUUAAAAAGAAAGCUGUAAUAUCUCACGGUUAGAGAUUUCAGCUUGAAGGACCAACGUUGUACCGACUCGUACGUUUUGCUAUUUGAUUCUCAUUAGGCCCUUUUUUGCGGCAACCACUUUUCUUUCUCUGUGUAAUUAGGGAGAAUGCAUGUGUUGUGCAUAUGGCAUUUAUAUAUUCUUAACUGUUGGGUAAUGAAUUGGACUCUAACCGGACAUCAAAACAGACUUGGGGAUGGAUUAGAAUUUAUAGAGUCUUGAAGCUUAAUAAACUUUUGUCCCCAGGAGGUUGCAAUAAGACAGUUAAAUUCAAUUCCAUCUCAAUUACUCUACUCAAUGCUGAUGUCUCCAUACGAAACAUAAUAUACAUAUAUAUAUUUAAAGGAAAUGUCUCUAAGAUGUUGAUGGGCCACCUAUACGCCAUUAUAGUUUAUUGCACUCAUAAUACAUUUACUUAACAAAAAUAUAAAUGCAACAAUUUCAACGAUUUUACUGAGUUACAGUUCAUAUAAGGAAAUCAGUCAAUUGAAGUUAAUUAAUUAGGCCCUAAUCUAUGGAUUUCACAUGACUGGGCCAGGGUGCAGCCAAGGGUAAGCCUGGGAGGGUAUAGGGCCACCCACUAGGGAGCCAGGCCCAGCCAAUCAGAAUUAGUUUUCCCCACAAAAGGGCUUUUUACAGACAGAAAUACUCCUCAGUUUCAUCAGCUGUCCAGUUGACUGGUCUCAGACAAUCCCGCAGGUGAAUAAGCCGGAUGUGGAGAUACAGGGCUCGCGUGGUUACACAUGAUCUGCGGUUGUGAGGCCGGUUGGACGUACUGCCAAAUUCUUUAGAGAAAUUAACAUUCAGUUCUUUGGCAACAUUCCCGCAGUCAGCAUACCAAUUGUUUUGUGACAAAACUGCACAUUUUAGAGUGGCCUUUUAUUAUUACAUUUUUUUUUAUUGUUCGGUUCAUAUAUCUUUUGGGAACAUGUGAGGAGAGAAAUAAUGUGAAGUUAAUGUACAAAUGUUGAAUAUGAAUUUAUCUGGGUUAUAAUAUAUACAUUUUAUUUGACCAUAUGUUUUAAUCAUGGGGAAUAUAAAUGCUGCCAAGAGUUAUUAUCUUGUAUUAAAUAAAUGGUGUAACAAAGUC